CGUAAAGUUGCACUGGGUCUUCAAAAGAAAAAAGAAAACAAAGAAAUAUCGAAAUGUCGAUUGCCUAUACCUCAAUUAGUUGCAAGAGUAUUUAAAACAAAACACAAGUUCCAAAAGCUGGUAGCACUGCGGUUGAGGUGAGCCCCCGCCCCGAUUGUGUCCAACAGCCAAAACCGCCAUCAUCUGUUGGCUUAAAUCGUAACCUCCAUUCUAUAUGCACAUAUGUAUGUAUGUAUAUACUUUCCUGCAGUUGGAGUCGGACGCUUCUGACAAGCUUAGCAUUGAAAAUGUGGAAUCAAAUUCAACCUGUCUGCUGUGCCAAGGCCUUGGUAGUGAUCGGCGUGAUAUGUGUGCUCUCAUUUGGCAUAGGAAAUGCCGUCCACAUCCCAGCAUAUGGUAGCAGCGAAGGUGCGACGCGGCCCCCCGACCAGUUGGCCACGCUGCCAGGCCAGUUAAAGUUUGCGCAUGUGAUAUUUCGACACGGAGACCGAACGCCAGUGGACCCAUAUCCGACGGAUCCCUGGAAUAACAUAAAGUUUUGGCCCACUGGUUGGGGCCAGUUAACCAAUCGGGGAAAGGAACAGCACUACGAGCUGGGCAAAUGGCUGCGAAAUCGAUACCAAUCAUUGUUGAGCUCCAGAUAUACGAACGAGGACAUCUUUGUUCAGUCCACUGACGUAGAUCGUGCCUUGAUGAGUGCGCAAUCAGCUCUUUCUGGACUGUACGAGCCUCAAGGCAAUGAUAUAUGGAAUCCCCGCAUAGAUUGGCAGCCUAUACCUGUGCACACCAUUCCCGAAAAGGACGAUUCCAUACUGGCCAUGAAGGCGUCAUGUCCAGCCUACGAUUAUGAGUUGGCCACGCAGGAGGCCUCAUCAGAGUUCCAGGCUCUGAACGAACGAUACCGCGAGCUUUUCUUCUACUUGAGUCAAAAUAGCGGACGCCUCGUCAAGUCCUUUAUAGAGGCUCAGUACUUGAAUAACACGUUGUUUAUUGAGAAACUUUACAACAUGACACUGCCCGUGUGGACGGAAAAGGUCUAUGGCAGAGCGGACCUCACCUACGUGUCAAAUUUUGCCUUCUCAAUUGGCACGUACACGCGCAGUCUGGCGAGAUUAAAGGCGGGCCCCUUGCUAAAGGAUAUCUUCGAGCGGUUUGACAAAAAAUUCAACAGUCAAUUGACGCCUGAUCGUUCGGUGUGGAUCUACAGUGCCCAUGACACAACGAUUGCCAAUAUUUUGAAUUCCCUGAAACUAUUUGAGUUGCACAGUCCCCCGUACGCCGCAUGCAUUAUGCUGGAGAUGCGCGUGGAUGAUAGCAACACUCCGUUGGUGUCUGUGUUCUAUAAGAACACCACUGCGGAGCCUCUGCCCCUGGACAUACCCGGCUGUGGCUUGUCUUGCCCACUGAAAACUCUAGUCAAUCUCUACCAAGACGUUCUUCCAAAGAACUGGGAGAGUGAAUGCAAGCGUUCAACUAUGAUGAUGACCUAUGAGGAGGCGAACUUGGGUGCGGCGACAGCUAUACUCAUAUUCAUCAUUACCGUUCUUCUGUGCGCCAGUUAUGGCCUGAUGAUCUACUACCGUCGCCGUAAUUACCGUCUGUAUACAUCGUACUCUCCAAUGGCAUAACGACCCAAAUCAAAGAAUGCAUGUUAUUGUUUAUCUCGGAUUUAAAGGAGCGUUUCCUACUGCUCUCUUACCAAUCCAAUGUUUUUUCUGGUUCUCAAAUCGUGUUGCUA